AUGGAGGUUGCCGUGGAAGCUCAACGGGCAUCUCUCAGCCGUCAACCGGCCCCUCCCUACACAUCAUCCCCUCAGACUCAUGCAUCAGAACCACAGACUGAGCCCGGGGAACAACCAGAGGAUGAACAAACCCUGGAACAACCCUUACAGAAUGGCGUGAUGCCCACUCUGGCUGAUGUCCUUCCACCUUCCGUCACAUACAGCUCUACUACAGAAACAGAGUCUUCAGCUCCUGACCGACCGGCUGUAGAGGUUGUCACACCGGUGUCUAACGAGACAACAGAACGAGCAGUCAACACUCAGGUAAACGAGGUUAUUGAAGCACCUGCCGUGAAUGCUGCUGCUACUACUACUACUACUACUACUGUAAACGGGGAUCCAGAGACGAUGGAGACCGAUAUUGCCGUGAAUGGCGUUGAGGCUGCUGAGGAAGACCAGACGCAGCCCCAUGGCGAGAAUGAGAACGAGAACAUGCCCGUAAACGACAGCACCGAGCAGAACGAACCAGCGCAGCCCCGAGAGAAUGAGGAGCCGUCAGAGGAGUCGUCACCGUCAACUGCUUCUGACGGAUCGACAGAUUCCAGCGAGUCAACCGAACGAACUGGAGAAGACUACGACGAAGACGAUGAGAAUGACGAGCCAGCCUACUGGGCCGAAUACAAGGAGGACACAUCUGUGGCAGAGGGAGAUGAGCUCAAGGAGAUUGAAAGCGGCGAUGCUGAUCACAGUGCACAUGAGUAUGACUACAUCGAGAAAUCAUUCUACCACGAGCUAGACGACCCAGAAUAUAAACCGAUCGAGAAAGCACGCAUAACGUGGAAGAUAACCGGAGUCCGGGGUACCAAGGAAAAACCUAAUAGAGCUACCAUAAUUCGGUCUCCACCGGCAUACAUCGGCGGAUACUACUGGACACUAAAAUUCUUCCCUCGGGGAAACAGUGUGGGAUCGCUGAGUGUUUAUCUCGAGUGCUCUCCCACGCCACCAGAGCAGGAUAAGGCGAUACUUGAAACGGAGUUUAAAGUCCUCAAAGGGCCGCCGGAUGCCGUCCUGAGCGAGCUAACUCCAGACCAGGAGUUCAAGCUGCCUGCUACUACCGCCUCACCCAAGCCCUCUCAAUCAGAAGAGUCUACCAAAAAGAGUCAAGAAAAGGAUCAAGAGGAACUCCCGGAGGCAGCCAGUGAGGAAAAGACAGGCUCAGACCUCCGCGAAUCAUCUCCCAAACCCAAACCGGACUUUCGUAUCUCGGCUCAGAUCGGUGUGGUGCUCUACAACCCAGAGGAACCACGCACAGGCUGGACGCAGUCCUCCUGUCACCAAUUCAACUCUCACAACUUCGACUGGGGAUGGACACACUUUCAUGGUCCGGGACCAUGGAACACUAUCCACCUCCGCCAACAUGGCCAGCGCCAGGCUCUCCUCCGCAACGACACACUCUGUUUCGACGCAUACAUCCGCCUAUUCGAUGACCCAACAAAAUCGCUAUGGUGGCAUUCUAGUGACUCUGAGCCCAUUUGGGACUCUUACUCGCUUGUUGGUCUUAGGCCCAUGGGUGAUGUGUCGGUAAACUACUGCCAGCACACAGCUGGGUUGAUCCCAUUGCUACUCUUAAAGCCGUUUAGAGAAAUGGUCAAGGGUAUUGAUGUUAUGAGACAUCUUAAUGAUGUGACUGCGCGUCCAAAGCCGGUGUGUGAAGCACUGCAGGUUAUAGUUCACGAGAUGACGGCGGAAAACAUAACCUCUGUUCGCACCGAAGGAGUGAGAAGAGCGCUUAGAUACCUUCUCGAGAGUUCAGGAGAUGUCGUCGAAUUUUGGGAACGGCUUAGACGCAGUCUGCAGAUCGAACUUGCGGGCACUGAGGCUAUAGAAAAGCUGGCCUCUAUAUUUGACAGCCCACACGAUGACUCGAAAAUGUCGGAUGAGUCGCUAAACAUGCUCUCUCGCGAUUUCAAUAGCCGCAUCCGCAUCAGCUCUGAGAACACUGAAAGUAUCCAGUCAGGUAUUGUAGAAUACCUGAAAUCUCGAGAGGGCAAAUGGUCUCUCCCUCCUGUCCUCCAGAUUGAGCUCUCCCGCCAGAAGUUCGACAAGAAGGCUCGUCAAUGGAAAUUCUUGGUCAACCGUGUACAUCGAAAUGAAGAACUUGAUCUCUCUGACUACGUCAACUCCGAGACCGAGGGUAAAUAUACCUUGUUCAGCUUCAUUGCACACAAGGGUCAUCGGACAUCACGGUGGUAUUACCCCCUCGUUCGCCCCGGUGGGCAAGGCACCCAUUGGCUUGCCUUCAAGGGUGAAGACCCCUAUCGAAUCGAGUGUUUAACCACCAAAAUGGCCGUCGAGGGCUUCGAAGGACUAGAUAUGGCGGAAGCCGGAAAUGGGGAGCCCGUCAAUGCCGAGAUCGCGGUUGCUUUUAUGUACAUUCGAAAUGACCUGCAAGGCGAAUACUUAUCCCCCAAGCUGGAGCCAUGGACUCUUCCACCAUCAUGGCACCGUUAUAUGCAGGCAAUCUCGCCGGAUAGAUCUGCUGUGGAACCGGAGAAGCAAAUUCCGGUUGCCUUUUACGGCCUAAACGGAGUGUCGAAAGAUGCACGGAAUCCAGCAGCGGCAUAUGAUCUUAUUAACCACCAAACAUCAGAAAAGGACACUACAAGCAUGAUUGUUCCCAUGUCAACGACCAUUGGUGAAUUGAGAGCUAAGUUAGCUGCCCAAAUCUCGACUGAGGAGAAUCCGAUUACCAACGAACGAAUACGCAUGUGGUCUAUUGGGGCGCCAUAUGAGGUCCGUUUGUUCAACUUCAGUAUGGAACCCUUGGUUUCCAUGGGAUCGCAGUUGCUGAGUCUUGGAUGGAAUGCUCUGCGCAUAUGGGUACAAAUUCUUAACGAGGAUGAUAUGAAAUUCUUCUCUAUCCCAGAGUUUGUUCCCCCACCACCCAUUUCAGACGAGGUAAAUGGGAUGAAGGAUACUAUAGAAGCUCCACCAUCUCCACCACCCGUUCAAAAUGAGGAACAGUCGCAAUCAACUGAGCUGGUUCAGCCUCCCAAUCAGGAUGGAGAUGUCGAGAUGAAUGAUGCCACUCCUGAUGAUGAACCUAACCCACCUACUCAGCCACCUACUCAAAUCCACAACGAGGAAACUCAAGAGUCAGAGAACCUUCCUAGUGCGCCUGAACCAGCAGAGCUUGAAAUGACAGAUAAUGUUCCUGAUCAAGCCGAACCCAACAGUGUUGAGCAUGCACCUGUUCCAGACGUUAAUAACGACGAACAAGCCGCCAACGAAGCGAUCAUUGCCUCAAUAAUUGCCCAAGACCUUGCACUUUUGGAUCAGUCACAAGAGAUGGACACAAGCGGAAGCUAUACUGAAGCCAACUCAGUUCCGCCGCCCCCUCCUAUGGUGGACACCAUGGAGCACACCAACGAAGCAGUAGACGGAUCAUUGAGAAAUGAUGUUGAAGAAGACCGAGAAGCUCAGGACCAAUCCAGCUCCGAAGACUCACAGAUGGAAGGCUCUCCAAUCGUUGAAUCAAACAACAAUGUUCCCGGAAAUACUGAUACCCAAAUGAGCCAGCAAAACCUAGAGGAAAGCCACGAAGAGGGACAAACGGUCCCUGAGCCUCCAGUUAUAAAAUCAGAGCUUGUCCUACCAUGUGAUCAAGUCUACUACUUCGUUCAAGAGUUCGACGCAGACAACCAAACUGUUGAAACGGUUGGGGCAUUCUUUGCCAAGUCAUGCCGCAAUAUUCGUGAAGAGCUUCGGAAGACGCUACAGCUCCCUGAGGACCAGCCAUACAAUUUCUGGUCUCGUCGUAAGGCCGUGGCUUCUGUACACAGUGUUUCGUCAACCCAUAGGUUCAGAGAUCUAAUGAACGAUGUGGGAUGUAUUAUUUUUGGAAAGACCAUCCCUAAGCGCCGACAAACCGAGCUUGUCGAGGCAGGCUGCUUCAUAUCCCCUGACCGUCUAUUAGAAUACCUCUGGGCAGUUGAUCGCCAACACCCAACUAAAUCCUUCACUGGUAAAAAGACCGUGGAAGCUAUCUUAAAUGGCGAAUACUACACUGGUGACCUCUGCAAGGGCUACUACCACGGCAGCGGAACCCACAUCUCCGAAGCCGGUGACACAUACACUGGCGACUUCGUCCAAGGCCGACGACAAGGUACAGGCUCCAUCGAACACAGCUCUGGUGAUACCUAUACCGGCGACUGGUUCGAAGACCAGCCCCACGGCCAAGGGACGUGGGUCGAACACAAGACUGGCAACAAAUAUGUUGGCGGCUACCGUAAUGGUAAACGUCACGGCAAGGGGGUCAGUUACUGGGAAGUAGCUGACGAGGAGAUGAACCUUUGCCAAAUCUGCUAUACCGAAGAACAGGAUUCACUGUUCUAUACCUGUGGGCACGUCUGUGCUUGCGGAUCAUGCGCGAGACAAGUCGAGAUUUGUCCCGUCUGUCGUGAGAAAGUCAUCAGUGUCGUGAAGAUUUUCAGAUGUUAAGAUGAUAUAUCGUAUAUCAUACACCAUACACCA